AUGCUUCUCAUCUCACCCGGAGAUGAUGGUUGCAAUCGAUUUUAUUGUCCCACAUGUCCUUAUGAAUUUAAAAUCAACGGAUUACAAAUGUAUGAACGAAAGAAACUAUCACGAAAGGAAGUAGAUGAUGUACUUGGUGGUGAAGGGACUUGGGAUAAUGUUGACCAAACAGCUGCACAAUGUCCUAUUGAUUCUUGUGGUGGGGAUAAGGCAUAUUUCUUCCAACUUCAAAUUAGAUCGGCUGAUGAACCCAUGACUACGUUUUAUAAGUGUGUCAAGUGUGGACAUAGAUGGAAAGAAAAUUAG